AUGACCACAUUGUUCAGUCUUUGCUUCAGCGCUGCACUAUUCUCAGCAUCUUUGCAAGAUGCAACUUCGUUCGUUGUCAAAGAUGCCCCCAGAGCCUCUUCUCGAUGCAUGGCCACAGCUGUCGUGGAAACUGUUGAGGAAUCCAUGAUCCAAGAAGCGAGAGACAUGGACCCCCAAAUAGUUGAAAGCAUGCCACCACCUCUUCCCUCCGACUUGAAAAAUAAAUACUACUUCUUGAGACAUGGACUAAGUACCGCAAAUGUGGCAGAAGUCAUUUCAUCAGACAGAUCUCUGGCCUACUCGAAUAGACACGGACUGACCCCGAAAGGAUAUGAGCAGGGAAUGGCAUCGGCCAAGGAAUUGUUGGAUGCUCUAGAGGAAGAAGGUGUCGCAGCAGGUGACAAGGUCGUCUUUCUAUCUUCGCCCUUUGCCCGAGCCAAACAAACGGCCAUGGCUUGUCUAGAUGGAUUGGCCGAACCAGAAAAUCAGGAACGACUCCGCAAUGAAUUUGGUGAUUUAGAGAUUUCGUCGAAAAUUCUCAUGGAAAAUCGAUUGAUGGAACGUUACUUUGGUCGAUUGGACAAUGAGGCCAUUUACACCUAUUCGUAUGUAUGGCCGCUCGACAAGUUCAAUGCGUCCCACACGGCCUUUGACGUCGAAUCCGUCGCUGCCGUCUGUCACCGAUUGUCUGAAGUGGUCGAACGAUGUGAAUCAGAAUUUGAGAAUCACCACAUUGUUUGGGUCUCGCAUGCGGAUGUCUUGCAAAUUGGACAAUUAUAUGGAGCCAAUGUGGAGAAUGUUGGAAUGUUCAGUUCGUACCGAUUCAAGAAUGGAGAGGUUCGGGCGAUGAAGCGGACACCGGAUUCCUUGCCAGACCCAGUGCCAUUGGAGGCACCUUUGCGUGGAACAAAUAUGUAA